UAUCACUGAAAGGCAGCAUUCACUGGAAGGCAGCAUUUCUGAGGAAGUGGCCUUAAUAAUGUUGCAAUCAAACGCUGAUCCGAGAUCUGUUUUGGUUAUACCCCCAAGUAUUAAGACCAACAGUUGGUCCGAACAAACCGAUUCUGAGUCAGUCCUGAACAGAAAUAUCGUUCAGGAGGUUAGUGUGACUAUCACAAAUUGAGGACGUAGAAGAAUAAAAAAUAUCACAAGAAGAACGGAUUACACUGUUUUUUAACCAUUUUGCCAACUAGCCUCUUGCGAUGGAUAAACUUCGCCGAGUGCUCAGCGGCCGAGAGGAAAAUGAGGAGUUGGGUCUUACUGCACAGGUCCUGGAUGCUACCACUCUCAGCUACAGCACCAGGGUGAAAUGGUUCGUCAUAUGCUUUGCUGGAGGCAUCCUGUGUUCAAUACUCGGUACAGCACUGCUCUUUCUUCCAAACGGACUCAAGCUUUUUGCUGUCUUCUACACAUUAGGGAAUCUCUCAGCUCUUGGCAGCACCUGCUUCCUAAUGGGACCACUAAAUCAGCUGAAGCGCAUGUUUGAACCAACCAGACUUGUAGCCACCAUUGUUAUGCUGCUCUGCUUCGUCUUAACACUUUGUGCAGUGUUUUGGUGGAAUAAAAAGGGACUGGCUAUCAUCUUCUGUAUUCUGCAGUUUUUGGCAAUGACAUGGUAUAGCAUCUCUUACAUCCCAUUUGCCAGGGAUGCAGUGAUGAAGUGCUUCACAACCUGUCUGAGUUAGGACUCCUUAGUCCACUGUUUCAUGUGAAGACUGCUCUUAAUAUACAAACUCUAAGAACAGUGGCUCUGUAAAAUAUUCUCUCCUGUUUAUAUGAUAUAUCUCCAGAUUUUUACUGUAGCUGUUUCAUACUCUAAAAUCUUGCUUUCUAAUUUGAGCAGAAGGUCUGUAGCUACUGGAUAACCAGAUUAUAAAACUUAAAUGUCUUGCUUUUGAUGUGAGAAAUUUGUGCCUUUAAUGUUUAAUAGACUCUAUUUGAAAAUAUUUCUACAUCCUGAGAAUUGUGAUGCAUUUAUGUGCCAGGAAACACUUUUGACUUUGCUAUAUUUGAAAUAAAAGUAUAUACAUAGAUUGGA